GAAUGAAGACUCUUGCAAAUAUUUUUCUGGGAUUUUUCAUCUUUGAGGGCAUUGUGGCUGCUCCUACCAUUGACACACUAACUUAUGACUCCGAUUUAUAUGGCAUAAUACUUGGAGAGUCAGAUAACCUAUUUGACCACAUUGAAAAUGAACAAUCUGCUCAGGCAGAGACAGAAGUUGGCACAAUAUUACCUUUUGUAACUCAAGACAGUUAUUCCUCUGCACCACUGACCGAAGAGCCUGAGGAGGAAGCAUCAACGCCAAAACUUAUCGAUGGUUCCUCACCACUGGGCUCUGGGGUUCUUGGGCCCCAAACACAUGAUGGCCUUCCAACUUGUCUUUUGUGUACAUGUCUGGGAACCACAGUCUACUGUGAUGAUCAUGAACUCGACGCUAUCCCCCCACUCCCCAAGAAAACCACCUAUUUCUACUCCCGUUACAACAGAAUAAAAAAGAUCAACAGAAAUGACUUUGCUAACCUAAACAAUUUAAAGAGGAUUGAUUUGACAGAAAACUUUAUAUCUGAGAUUGAUGAAGAUGCCUUCAGAAGAUUGCCUCAGCUUCAGGAGCUGGUGCUGCGUGAUAACAAAAUAAGGCAGCUCCCUGAGUUACCUGCCACCCUGACAUUCAUUGAUAUUAGUAACAACAGGCUGGGUCGCAAAGGAAUAAGGACUGAAGCAUUCAAAGAUAUGAUUGACCUACAGCAUCUUUACAUCACUGACAAUAACUUGGAUCACAUCCCACUCCCACUCCCUGAAAGUCUUCAAGCUCUUCAUCUUCAGAACAACAAUAUUCAAGAGAUGCAUGAAGAUACUUUCUGCAAAAUGAAAGAUGUUACUUAUGUCCGUAGGGCUCUAGAAGACAUCAGACUGGAUGGCAAUCCCAUCAAUUUGAGCAAGACCCCGUAUGCUUAUAUAUGUCUACCCCGUCUACCAAUUGGUAGUCUCAGCUAAGCUUAGACAGAGACCAAAACUCAUUUUCUAUGAUAUGCUCCACAAAAAUGAACAAGUCAUUGCUACAUAGAGCACAACACAUAAUUUUCAAAACUUAUUAAUUUGGAAAGCCGUGUUUAUUGAUAAUUAGAAUUGUAAAAGGUAAAUCCAUUGUCUAUUGAACAAUAUAAUGUACAAUACUAUAAACAAUAUAUUAAUUAUAAGAAUGCUUUGAAUAUAUAGAUAGCAACUAUCAGGAGAAGGGACCUGAAAAUUUGUAGAUUUGAUAUUGGAACAGGCAGCUGUAGUGGGGGAGCUCUAAAGCUAGGUAAUUUUAUAUGAAUUAAAAUGAAUUAUUUACACAAUAAGAACAAAUAUAUACUUGUACAUAAAUGUCCACAUCUUUUUUUUAUUUAAUUGGAUAUUAUACAAACCUUUGUUU